AUGGCAAGACGUCAGAGACUGGCUGCACAGGCCGCGGCAGCAUCACUACGCACUUCCACCCCCCUCGUACCCGAUCUUUCUGACGAUGAAAUGGCCGAUGCCCCUCCCUCAGACGUUGCGACACCUCGGGACGAAGAAGAUGAUGGAAACGAUGACCAAGGGGAUGCUGAACCAGAAGAACUCGACGACCGCCCAAUCACUCCAAACCGCGACUCCGAAACCCCUUCUCGAUCUGGCACACCGCGACGGUCUGGCCGGUCAACGUCCUUACUGCCUCGGAAACGUCGGCUAGGAAGGCCUCCAAGGAACAAGCAGGCAGGAUCUGAUGAGGAGAGGAAUGACGUGCCCUCAGACACCGGUACGCCGAGGAGAAGGGGUGGGUUUCGAGGCCACCGAGGGGGACGAUGGGCUAAGCGAGGAGGGGGACCAUCGCAUGUCACUCAAGUUCCUAUCGACAAGGAGGGCAACAUGAUGGAUGUGGUAGAUGACGAGGUCGAUACGCCAGCAGAUCCCGAAGGUGAGAAGAAGGUCGACAAGUUUGGAUACUUACAAGAUGGAAGAGAGUAUCGAGUGCGCACCUUCACUAUUUUAGGGCGAGGCAGACGGCUGUACAUGCUCUCCACUGAACCGGCUCGUUGCAUUGGCUUUCGAGACUCCUAUCUGUUCUUUCAAAAGCAUCGCCUGCUCUACAAGAUCAUUAUUGACGACGAGGAGAAGAGGGAUCUGAUCGAACGCGAUCUCAUACCACAUUCAUACAAAGGUCGCGCGAUUGGUGUGGUAACCGCGCGCUCGGUCUUCCGCGAGUUCGGAGCCAAGAUCAUCAUAGGAGGAAAGAAGGUGGUGGAUGACUACGCCGUACAAGAAACCAGAGCUAGGGGUGAUGUCGAAGGCGAACUUGCCGUGCCUGACGACAGGUUGCCUCUACCGGGAGAGCCAUACAACAGAAACCAAUACGUGGCAUGGCAUGGAGCAAGUGCGGUCUAUCAUUCUGGAGUGCCCUCAGUACCACUGCCGAGCGGCAAGAUAAUUGACGGCAAGAAGCGAAAGGUUGCCGUUACUAGUGAUAACUGGAUGCUGGAGCAUGCUAGAGCGGCCAGUCAAUUCAACAGCAGCUUAACAGCCAUCCGACGGGAGAACAACGAAGGCCUCUACGACAUUCACACAAACACUAUUCAGUGGCCUAGGACAAUGCAACCUACACAUGCACGAUGGGAGAGCGCAGAGCGCGAGAAGAAAGCCCAAGAAUAUUCCGAACAAAAGAAACUCACCAAUGGCGCCAACGGCGACGAACAUGAUGGAGACCAAGAACUCUCCACGAUCUUCCAGCCCCUCAAUCCCGUCUAUCCUCGAAACUUCCUAAUACAAGAUCUCAUCCUAGAAGGAGCACCAGAAUCGAAUGUCGGCCCGCCUGGUCUCGACAAUGAUCCGCAAAGUCUCUCCAGGCUUCCCCACGAUAUCUUGGACGAACUCCCAGCAGACUGCCGCCAGGCCUUUGAAGAGGCCAAGGCAAGGGAGUCAGCGUGGAGAUCACGCUGGGAUACGGAGACGACGGAUGGUAAGCGGGGGAGGUUUAUGCCAACGGUGGAGUGGUUUCCUUGA